UCGGGGAUACUUGACCGGAAAGGAACGAGGCUUGGUCCUGGGCGGUUUCGGUGGAGCAGAUAGAGGAAAAGAUGGCCAGGGGAGGAGAGGAUGGCACCUGGCGUCUCCUAGUCCCGUGGGAUCCCGGGCGCAAUGCGGUGCCCACAGAAUCUGAGCUCUGCGGCCGCUGAGGCUUCUCUAAGGGAAGAGGCAGAGAUGCAGGUGGACGUCCCUAGGAGCCCCCCUCCCCCACGCCGGUCUGUGACAGACAUUUCCCGUGCCCCAGAUGUUCAGAGGAAGUCAUGACAGACGCACUCCAGAGCCUGUCUCCUGGAGCUGUUUCAAACCAGCCUGCCACGGAAAAUCCCUAAUCUUGAGAGAGAGAGAGAGAGAGGGUCACCGUUUUUCUACAAGACUCUUCUGUGCUCCUCACAAAGACAAAAGCAAAAAAACCCAGAAGGGAAGGGACAUUCUAGCGAUGGAGUGCUUGGAUGCAGUGCUGCUGGCUGCAGAUGUGAGCGAGGAGAUGUGACCCAGGCGCCCCAGUUGGCAAUCCUAUAAAUGACCUGCCUGGCUCCCACCAUGAGCGCUGAGCUCAAUGUGCCUGUGGACCCCUCCAACCCUGCCUGCCCUGAGCCUGGCCAUAAGGGCAUGGAUUACCGGGACUGGGUCCGUCGAAGCUACCUGGAACUUGUCACCUCCAACCAUCACUCGGUGCAGGCCCUGUCCUGGAGGAAGCUAUACCUGAGCAGGGCCAAGCUGAAGGCCUCCAGCAGGACUUCUGCCCUCCUUUCCGGUUUCGCCAUGGUGGCCAUGGUGGAGGUGCAGCUGGAGACACAGUACCAGUACCCGCGGCCACUGCUCAUCGCCUUCAGCGCCUGCACCACAGUGCUCGUGGCUGUGCACCUGUUCGCCCUUCUCAUCAGCACGUGCAUCCUGCCCAACGUGGAGGCUGUGAGCAACAUCCACAACCUCAACUCCAUCAGUGAAUCUCCACAUGAGCGCAUGCACCCCUACAUUGAGCUGGCCUGGGGCUUCUCCACUGUGCUCGGCAUCCUGCUCUUCCUGGCUGAGGUGGUGCUGCUCUGCUGGAUCAAGUUCCUCCCUGUAGACGCCAGGCACCAACUCAGCCCCACGCCCAGCAAUCACACAGGCUGGCAGGCCGCCCUGGUGUCCACCAUCAUCAUGGUGCCUGUGGGCCUCAUCUUCGUGGUGUUCACCAUCCACUUCUACCGCUCACUGGUGCGCCACAAGACUGAGCGCCACAACCGAGAGAUCGAGGAGCUGCACAAGCUCAAGGUGCAGCUGGAUGGGCAGGAGCGCAGCCUGCAGGUGGUGUGAGGGGUUGGGGUCUCUGGGAAGGCAGAUGGUGCGGCAGGCUGCUUAGACACUGCCACAUGGGCCAAGGCCAAAGUUUCCUGCUGUUCCAGUGCCAUAACAACCUGGAUGCUGGUCCCUAGAGCCAGCUCGGUGAUUCGGGGGCUCCGUGGCUAAGAGCCACCUCCCUGGCCCUGGGCACUUCCUCAGUUGGGGGAAAGCCCAAGAAACCCUGUCCCUGGCAAGGCUCCAGGCAGCACCAGUGUUCAUGGGGGCUCUGAGAGUGGCCUGGAACCAGGACUGUGAGUUCGAGGUUUUGCCCCCAGAUCCAAAACUGGACUUCGUGGCUGCCUGCUGGGUCCCAGGCCCAUGUGAUUAGCAGGGCUGCUGGCCCGGUUUGGUGCUUUCCUCCCAGCCCCGGAGGGAGCUGAAUGGCCUGGCUUGUGGCGGGAAGGCAAGAGCCAGGGUCACAGUCAGCUCGAGAGGUGUAGGUGCUGCGGUGGGCAUCAGAGUUGUCAGGCUCUGUGGGAGGUUUCCCGGGAGGGAGGCCUGGGUGAGGUUGAGGAGGCUGAGUUAGUUGAGGGGCGUUCACACUAGGCUCAGAUCCCCCUCCAGCCAGCCUGGGGCCUGGGCCAUACUGACUCACCGAGCCACCAGCUGGAGGUGACCACAGUCCAGGGCGUCCUCCUCUGAGCCUAAGUUUCCACCCCACUGGACUGCAUGAACAGCAGGGCAGGACACCAGCCCAGCCCAGCUCCUGCUGCCUGUGGUCCCUGGUGUCAAGAGGAGAUAGCUUCCUGUCUCAGCAUGGCUACUGAUCAGCCCCAUGGGUAUUGGGGCUGGGGUAGACAAAUGCUCAUCAUGACAUUGAGCACCACAGGGUCCCCAACCCAUGUUUACAAGCUGUGCAGCAGGGUUCUGGCACCAUCACUGAGUGUGUGGCAGACCUGAGGCUUAGGUGGGAGCACGUUGCAGCCUGAGCUGCUUCAAGACCCUGUUUACUCUGUUUUCCAGAAGUCACCUAGACAGAUGCCUUGUCUUUUGCUAUGUAUAUAAAUGGUCAUUUCGGUUCUUUGUGCUCCUCUUCUAGCAGAUUACUGUCUUUGUGGUUUGGAUUGUGUGCCAAGGGACACUGGGUGGCCUCUGGGAAUGUGACAUGCUGUGUCAAAUCUUAGCACACGCUGAGAUACUGCGGGAACCUCCCCUGUGGGUUGUGCUAUCUACUAGGAGCCUGGACAUCCGGUCCCCUGGGGCCAGAGCCUUGCGUGUUCGGGGCGGGUCCUACACCUCCCUGGAGGACAUCUGAAGGGAACCAGUGCCUUCUGGUGUGUGCUCGCCUCUCUGGAGCUUUGGCGAAGGCUUGUCUGCUUUAAUGUGUGUGUGCUUUGCUAAAUAAUGUCACUGUCACUCCAGGAUGGCUGCUCGUGUCCUGGCAGGGGCAAGACAGGCUGGGCCUUCUGAAUGAGCAGCUCUGUGGCUGGGAGGGAACGGGGCCCUUCUUCCACCUGGAGCCUUUUGAUUGGACCCACUCCUGCCACCCACUUCCCCAAAUCAUCUGGUGCUCCUGCCCAUGGUACCCAGUUGCAUGGACUGUGCCAAGCUCACCCCUGUGCCAGCCCAGAGCCAGGGGUUACACCUACUCCACAGGCAGUGUCUGGGCCGGCAGAAUCCACACCAGACAGCAGGUGCCUGGUGAUGGUGCCACAGCAGUGGGCAGAGCCAUCACCAUCCAGCGCGCUGGUCAGUGAUGCCCAUGAUCGCACGCACCCAGCUCCAGCCUUGCAUGUUCUGAGGCAUGGGGCAGUUAGUCUGCAGGAACAGAGAUGACCCUGCUCUGGGGAACCUCGGGCCACCCCAGUUGGGAGCCAGACCGCCCUUGGGAGUGGCAGACACUCAGGUCAGCCUGGGGCACAGGAAAGCUUCUGGAGGCAUAACCUGACUUUGCAGUGUGAGGGGAGAAGCCCUCAUUUCAUCUCUGCAGCCUGGGGCGCGGACCAGGUGCAGUAGACACGCCGGGCUGUUCCCAUGCACUGUGGCCCCCACGUGCACCUGGUCCCAUCUCACAGCUCAGGUGUUUCUGUUUUAGAAACGAAAGGCAGGAUGGGAUUAGCAUCUUCAAGGAAGAUCUGUUCAGGAAAAACUGUGAGACUGGUGGAUCAGGGCUCUCCUGUAGGUGGCGCCUGUUGGUGCCAUGGAUCGUGUAUGCACGACAUCGUGCAGGUGGCAGAUGUAACUCCUGUCCUGCGUGUGGAUUUUUAACACUUGCCCUGGAUUGAACUGAAUAAACCAGUAAAGCUCUUCCAA